AGGGAGGAGAAGAAAGGCUCGCCGGGGUGGACACGUUUCUCAGUCCCAGCCUUCAGCCGCGGCGGGGCCGAUUUGGGGACGUGAGGCCGGGAGGAGGGAGGGAGGGAAGGAGGGAGGCGAGGCGGGGCGGCCGCAGCCCCUCGCCCCUUUCCCCCGCGGCUGCCGGCGUGCGCGCCGCCCUCGCCCGCUGAUGCAAUCGGAGCCCGCAAGCGGUGGCAGCAGCAGCCCCGGAGGUGCCGGCGGGAGGAUCGGGCGGCCCUGAGCCCGCAGCAGCACCCGAGGGAGCGGAGGUCAGGCGGCAGGCAGCCCACACCGCCGCGGAGCAGGAGCACCCGCCUCGGCUGCCAGCAUGCUCAAGGGCUGUCAGAAUGAGUGCAUGGCUGGAGGAUGUUCAGGCGAAGCAACAAAGCAUGUGACUGAAUCUUUCAAGGCUUCAGACUUGGUUAUCACACCAGCUACAACUUUCAAGGAAAAACCAGACCCCAAUGGUCUGGUAUUUGGAACUGUGUUCACUGAUAAUAUGCUGAUGAUUGAAUGGUCUUUGGCUUCAGGAUGGGAGAAACCUUAUAUUAAACCACUUGAGAACCUCUCAUUGCAUCCAGCCUCUUCAUCUCUGCAUUAUGCUAUAGAACCAAGAGGACAGACAGAGGAGAAUCUGGUGCCAAAGCUGUGGCUCAAUGAAUACACAUUGUUUGAAGGAAUGAAGGCUUACCGAGGAGUAGAUGGCAAAAUCCGCCUGUUCCGGCCAAGCCUCAACAUGGACAGGAUGGCACGAUCAGCAAGACGAACAACUCUGCCAAGUUUUGACCAGAACGAGCUGUUGGAGUGCAUCCGGAAACUUGUGGAAGUAGAAAAGGAGUGGGUCCCAUACUCAACUGCUGCCAGCCUGUACAUCCGUCCUACCUUAAUUGGAACUGAGCCUUCUCUUGGAGUGAAGAAGCCAACUAAAGCCCUACUGUAUGUCAUACUGAGCCCUGUGGGCCCUUACUUUGCAAGUGGAAGCUUUAGUCCAAUAUCAUUAUGGGCAGAUCCAAAAUAUGUAAGAGCCUGGAAAGGAGGAACAGGGGACUGCAAACUGGGAGGGAAUUAUGGUUCUUCUAUUUAUGCCCAACAAGAAGCCCUGGAGUUAGGCUGCCAGCAGGUUCUGUGGCUCUAUGGAGAAGAUCACCAAAUAACUGAAGUUGGAACAAUGAAUCUGUUUCUCUACUGGAUAAAUGAAAAUGGAGAAAACGAACUGGCAACCCCACCUUUAGAUGGCAUCAUACUUCCAGGAGUGACAAGACAGAGCAUUUUGGAUCUGGCACGCAACUGGGGAGAAUUUAAAGUGUCUGAGCGAUACAUCACCAUGAGUGACCUGACAGCUGCCUUGGAAGACAACAGAGUGAAGGAGAUGUUUGGUGCUGGAACAGCUUGUAUUGUAUGUCCUAUCUCCAAAGUUUUGUACAAGGGCAAGCAUUUGCACAUUCCAACUAUGGAGAAUGGACCUCAGUUAACAACCCGAUUCCUGAAUAAGUUGAGUGAUAUCCAGUAUGGAAGAGAAGACAGCGAUUGGGCUGUGCUGGUGUCAUGAAGGUGAAGGAAUUCAGACCCUCCAGACAGAACAACCACAAAUAAUGACAACUUCUGUAUCUGCCUGUGUAUAGCAUAGUUUCUUUAUCAAUUUACUUCCCAGGAUGAUUGUUUCCACAAUCCAGCUAAUGUGAACACAAUCAUUUUUCUACUGUAAGCCUGUUAGUAGAAGCCUGUUUUCUUGGUAGAGGUGCUAAAUGUUAGCAAUAGAACUUUCCUAAUGGUUUCUUAGUGCCUCCUUGUGUCUUAUGUACAGUCUAUAAAUUUGUAAAAUGCUCUUCAACUGCUCUUCAGUUUGUUUUGUUUGUUUAACUGCCAUCACCAGCAGAGCAAGUUGUAUAACACAGACGUUGCCUGUUAAUUGGCUGCAGGGUUCUAUUGACAUUAUUCUGCCUUUUGCUCUGUGUUCAAGAAACAGUUAAGUUUAGCCAUAUGUUCUUUCCUUUUGUAACCCACUUCUAUGGGAGGUUUCUGAGUUUGCAUAGUCCCACAGAUUCCUUCACCUGUAUUCUGUUAAAUAACAGCUCUGUCCUUUAGGCCCACACACUCAGAGUGGAUCUUGCAUGCAAAAUGCUCCCUGAUAGACUGCUGCCUUUCCUUCCAUCUGAGGAUAAGCAGUGGCUGCCUGGGCAGGGCAUACGUCAUUAAUAGCUGAAUACAUCUUCCUGUACAUGAUGUUCAGGACUGAGCUCGACCAUGCUGAAACAACAAUCACUCUUUGUCUGGCUUAACAGAGAGCUGCUGAUGUGGUGUCACCUUCUGGUGAAUGUCUAGAAAAUAACAUUAAACAAAGCAGUGGCUGCAGAAGUUGAAUUGUCCAAAUUCUUCAUUUGGACAAAGUGAAAGCAACCAAGCCUUUGGAAUGAGGAUGAAUUAAAAGGAAUUUCCUUUGACAUCUAGUGACAUGAUUUAGAUCAGCAAAAUAUUUUCUCAUCCUUCACUGCUCACUGUGAUAUGUAUCCAGCCUCUGUUAAAACACAUGCAUCUUAACAGGGUCUUCCUGUUUAAGGAACAAGCUAUGUUGUCAGCAGAAAAUAUCUAGCCCAAGACAGGAAGAGAUUUAAUGCAAACCCUGGUUUUGUACUGAUAAAGCAUAUUCUUCAUAUUCUGCUAUUCUCUUACAUGCUGUCUUGAUACUAUCUGGAAACAUUAUAAAGUAUAUAUCCCAUAGUUAGAGAAAUAACUUCUGUUCACUAAGAAAUAUCCUGUAAUAUUUAUUAGCUUUGUCUUUUUGCAAACCGAUUUGUCAAAUGGCUUUAAGAUAUCUCUAGCCAAAAAGGAUCAUCAUAUUCCAAAGUGCUACUUCAGUAUAAAGCUGGUGGAACUCCAUUGACACUAAUGGAGUUCUGUAAGAACAAACAUUUAUUUCCAUAGUUUGCAGUAGAGAUGCCACCAGUAUUAAGGGAAAUAUUUAGCACUUCAUUGUAUAUUGUAAAGAAAAGACAACCCAAUAACAUUUCUCCCAUGCUUUAUAAGUUCCAUAGUUCAAAAAGGCAAAGUAGAAUUUCUAAUAGACCAUCCAUGCCUUAUACAACUGCUGAAAAGUAGCAUUAUGGCUUUCCUGUUCAUUUUUGGUCAGAUUUUAAAAACAUACCCCUACUUAACCAUCUCUUUUUUUGCUCCCUCAAAUCAUGAUUUUCACUGCCUUUCACUGUGGUCCAAUCUGAUCUUUUAAUGAAGAACAGUUGAAGGUUUUCUCUGACAAUGUAACUAUUGUUAAAACAUUAGACAGUUUUGUCUUUAGAAUACAACUACAAGCACAAAAAUUUGUUUCACUUACAGUAGCAAUAGUACUGUGUGUCUGCUUUUCCAACCAUUUGAAUUGGUAUAGUGUGCUUGUCUUUGUUCAGUAUCUUACUAUGUGUUAUAAGCUGCUGGUAGUCUUUCAUUUUUCUUUAAGAAGGUGGGUAGAAAACUUAACAUGUCAAGAUGCAAUGUGGGGUAGAGGGUAUUAUCCAAUGAGGCAAGUAUCAUAACUAAAGAGUGCCUUUAAAUGAAAUGUGGCAUGUAGCUUUGUAAAAGUCAUGUAAUGAGCAACCACACAUGGCUUCCUGUUACUGAACUGUAUAAAUUUGUUCUCUUAUGUUCAUCUUAGAUUUAGCAGCUAAAGGAAAAGUGGAAGUAUCUAACUUCAGAUAUACGGAAAAGUGGUUGAACGAUACAUUAGCAUCUCAAAAUCUUGAUAGAGUUGAUGGGUAUCUCAUAUCGAAAAUCCCCAUGAAGGCAUGAGAGUACCAGCAUUAAUCUAUCUGUUCACUAGUUGGAAUGAAUAAGGACCAGUUUGAAUAAUUAUUUUACUGUGAUUUAGAAGCUGAAAGUUGUGUAAAACUCUUCUUAAAUUGGAUACAAGUAAUUUAAUGUGAGAAAACCAAGUAGUUUCAUUUAUUGUGGUUUGCACAGUUGCCUAUACCAAACAGAGAAACACCUCUCCUUCUAUUGUACAUAUUCAGUUGAUGGAGACUUCAAAAUUCAAAGGGUUGAAGCUGGAAUGACCCACAGAAAUGCAUAAACUUUCCUAGCACAGAAGAAUGAAAAUGUAGUGUGUGUAUGGUCAACUGUUGUCUUUAACGUUUUGGUUAUAUGCUUUACUCUAGCUGUGACUGUUUCUCACAUGAAACUCAACAUUGUGGUUGUUUCUAAAUCCAGGUAGAUAGAUACUAGAUUUUAAAUUUUAAAACCUAAAUAAAGGGAGCUAUUUGGUCAGCAUCAUACAGGAAAUUCUUCUGAUCUUGCAUGAUGUCCUACCCUGUAUUCCACCACUGUUUUUUAUCCUGUUAACCAAAGGAAAGAAAUAAUAUGGGUAAAUAAUUGUGUUUGGUAUUGUGUUCUCCCCCCCCCCCCUUUUUUUUUUUUUUUUUUCCUGUAAAAUUUCUUUGAGGGAACUGUGGUAUUCCCUGAGCUACUAAUAGAUUGUAAAAGAACAUCUGCACAUCUCUUCUCCAUGUGCCCUAUUUGUUUAAUUGCAACAGAUUUACAUAGAAAGAGUAUGGUACAUCAUAACUAGGCAAUUAUCCAUUCUUCAUCACUUAGUUAUGGUUCUGUUAAUUGAUCAUUUAAGACAUAAGAUAGUCUAACAGUAGGAAAAUUUGAGACUGUUCAAAAAAGAUCAACAAAUUAAUAUUGUUGUGUGAUAUUUGCAUAAUUGGCUGCAAUUAUUUAAUGUCUAAUUGGGUUGAUCAAAUGAGAUUCAGACUUUCAUGUGUUGUGCUUUACAAACAUUGGUACUUUAAAAUUAUAAUGAUGAACUCUAA